CAGAUCUGCGUCUACAGAAUGAUAGAAGAGACGAUCCCUUUCCUCUGUAUCAUGGCCGUCGUCUGGAUGGCCUUCACCGUCACUCUCUUCAACCUUUACCACUCCUACGCCAGGAUGAAAGCCAUUUUACCGGACGGUUCGGAGGAGAGGUCGGCCCAAGUCUACCUAAGCCUCUUAUCGUCGGGGUCAUCAGUCUAUUGGGGCUUUUUUGGAGAUGCCCAGUCCCUUGCUCCUAGAGUUCAACUGCCCCCGAUAAAAUUAAAAGUUGGCCACAAUGUGACGACUGUUUUUCACCAGCAUUCGUUAACCAGAGUUACCGGAUCCAUCUUGUUUGCCAUGUUCAACUUGCUGGGACUCGUCAUCCUCAUGAAUAUGUUGGUGGCCAUUAUGAGUGAAACGUAUUCCAUAAUCGUCGGUCAGUCUAUAAACGCCUGGAAGUUUGCUAGGACAAAGGUC